AUGGACUCUUUCCCCGCCGCCGAGACCUGGACGGACGGCGCUGGAGGUGCGGGCGCCGACGGCCGGAACCUGAGUGCUGCCCUGGCGGCCGGGGCGGCCGCGGAGGCGCUGGGGACUGAGUGGCUGCAACUGCUAGUUCAAGCCGGUAACCUGUCCUCCUCCCAGCCGUCCACGGUGCCGGGACUGCCCACGACUUCCCCCGCGCCCUCGCAGCCCCGGGCCAACCUCACCAACCAGUUCGUGCAGCCGUCCUGGCGCAUCGCGCUCUGGUCCCUGGCUUACGGCGUGGUGGUGGCCGUGGCCGUCUUCGGAAAUCUCAUUGUCAUCUGGAUCAUCCUGGCCCACAAGCGUAUGAGGACCGUCACCAACUACUUCCUCGUGAACCUGGCUUUCUCCGACGCCUCCAUGGCCGCCUUCAACACAUUGGUCAACUUCAUAUACGCGCUUCACAGCGAGUGGUACUUCGGCGCCAACUACUGUCGCUUCCAGAACUUCUUUCCCAUCACGGCAGUGUUCGCCAGCAUCUACUCCAUGACGGCUAUUGCGGUGGACAGGUAUAUUGCCAUUAUCGAUCCCUUGAAACCAAGACUGUCUGCCACAGCUACCAAGAUUGUCAUUGGAAGUAUUUGGAUUCUAGCAUUUCUGCUUGCUUUGCCUCAGUGUCUUUACUCCAAAACCAAAGUCAUGCCUGGACGUACUCUUUGCUAUGUGCAAUGGCCAGAAGGUCCUAAACAACAUUUCAUCUACCACAUUAUUGUUAUCAUACUGGUGUAUUGUUUCCCAUUACUCAUCAUGGGUAUCACAUACACCAUUGUUGGAAUCACGCUGUGGGGAGGAGAGAUCCCAGGAGAUACCUGUGACAAGUAUCAUGAGCAGCUAAAGGCAAAAAGAAAGGUUGUAAAAAUGAUGAUUAUUGUUGUGGUGACAUUUGCCAUCUGCUGGCUGCCUUAUCAUAUUUACUUCAUCCUCACUGCGAUCUACCAACAGUUAAAUAGGUGGAAAUAUAUCCAACAGGUCUACCUGGCUAGCUUUUGGCUAGCGAUGAGUUCAACCAUGUACAAUCCCAUCAUCUACUGCUGUCUGAAUAAGAGAUUUCGAGCUGGCUUCAAGAGAGCAUUCCGCUGGUGCCCUUUCGUCCAAGUUUCUAGCUAUGAUGAGCUAGAGCUCAAGACCACCAGGUUUCACCCAACUCGGCAAAGCAGCCUGUACACAGUGACCAGGAUGGAGUCCAUGACAGUGGUGUUUGAUCCAAGUGAUGCGGACAACACCAGAUCUAGUCGGAAGAAGAGAACUAUACCAGGAGACACAAACUUCAAUGGCUGCUCCCGCAGGAAUUCCAAAUCUGCCUCCACCACUUCAAGUUUCAUAAGCUCACCCUAUACCUCUGUGGAGGAAUACUCUUAA